CUUUCGGCGGCCCAGUUCUUUGCUGUGACGCUUCGGGUGCGUCGCGCAUCCGUUGUCUGUUUUCGGCACGCAGUUGGCGCAAAGAGUGCGUUGAGUAAGUGCGGUGUCGCGUACAAGUUGCGUUCGCCUCCGCCCGGACGGUUUGCGUGCGUCGCUCGCAGGGCGAAAUGACGGUGCCUCUGAGGAGCCUCCAGCAGAUGGCCAUCUUCAUCACCGUGGCGACGGGAGGGGGCUGCGCCACGAUGUACUACCUGAUGCAAAAGAAUUUUUCCCGCUCCGAUUACUACCGCGUGGCUCUUGAGCACCUGAAGCGCCAUUCUGGGGCCAUGGAAAGCCUGGGGGCUCCGCCACUGAAGGUCUACAACAUCCAUCUGACGGACGGACACAACCGCGUGAGCCCUGCCCGAGCUCAGAUAAAAAUCCCUGUGUCUGGAACUAAAUCGGCAGGAUACCUCUACACAUCGUCAAGCAAGGACACCCUCUUGAACAGGUGGUGUCUCCAAGAAGCUGUUCUGCUGCUCAGGGAUGGCCGCCGGAUCGAUGUCCUCAGCAGCAGCUCAGAUGAACCAGACGAUGCUGGAGACCAAGAUGGAAAUUUGUGACGCGAGCAAAGACGACUGGUCACCAAGCAGCUCGCCGCGGGUCUCGGCCGUACUGAUCCAUCGAACAGGAGGAUCUUCCCCAAACCGGGCAUCGCCUCAGCCUGAGAAGACCCACCCAGGACAAGCUGUGGAAGCAACGAGUGAAGUCCAGACGGUUCUAUGAGAACACGAGGCUCGUCUGAAUGGGUUUUCGGUUGAGAUUAUUUCAGCUGUCCACAUGAGCGCUUCCUGCCCAAAUAUAAAAAAAGAUUAGAGAAAUUAUUUUGCAGGAGACUGAAUGAACUUUUUCUCCUGUUACAUCAACCACCACUAAUGGGGGAGGUGGGGAUCGGCAUGAGGACCGAGAAAAGACCAGUCUGAGAUCACGGUCAUGUCUGCUCAACGUAUUGACACAUUUAUUUAUUCAAUUACAUACAGUCAUUUGAGGAAUAGUGUUGAUUAUUUUAAUGAGAAAUAUUCCUAUUUCUGUAAUUUACAAAUACAGCACAAAAAAGUCAACAUACUGCACCUGAGAGCAUCGCGAGAAACGUUUCCUAAUGAAGAAAAACAGGACAAGGGAAUUUCAACGUUACACCAUCGGCAGGUGCAUCUCAGCAUCGCAAACCUCGCAGAACUCAGUGCGAGUUCAUCGAUCAAUCAAUCAGUAAAAUCACACAUACAGGAGAUGGUGUGAAACAGAAAGCCCCACUUUAAUGUACAGCUCCUGGUUUUUGGUCACUUCGAUGGUCUCUUAAAGGUCCGUCAUCACCAAAUCCUUAUGUUGUCAAUUGACCGAACUGUCAGAGAAAUGUGGAAACUUGAAAAGCCUUCAUCCAAGGCGAUUUAAAACUUACCUGACAAACAUGAUCACUUGUUGAGGAGAAAAAAAAAUAAACUACUGUUGUUUUACAUGUGUUGGAAUAAAUACAGAAAUGCAACAUG